CUCAAAAGGGACGUGUACGCUCACAUGAGACAGAAGGCCGAGAACUUCAGCCUCGACACUUCGAACAAGGUCAAGGUGACCAGGCUGCUGGGAAAAUCCUGACCCUCACGAGCCCGAGGGUAACCUUUUUGUCAAGUUCCUCGCAGUUGGACACUGGGGUACUCUCAAUGAUGAUUCUGACAUCGAUCAUCCUGUCAUGCGAACUGAGCACUUUGUUAGAGACACGCUUAUUGCUGCAAUAGAAGCCGACAUCGAAGCGAACAAAGUUGCCGCGAAUGAUGGAGCCUACUUUAAUUGCCAAACUCAACCUUAUGGAGGAAAGGCUUGGAAGUCUGUUGAUCUCUACACUGAUUUCUAUGAACCCAGCGACGUCUUGGCCAACGGCUGUGGGUACCAGGACCCAAAUCAAGUCAUCAAGGCCACGAAACCGCUGUGUCCUGAUAGGUGUUACACAUAUCGACCAUGUCUUCAGGGAGUACCAGUUUGGCGUAUCCCUCGAACCGUCACUGCCGCAAUGUACGAUCGUGACAAAUUGCUUGGGGUCGAAUUGAAACUUGAAUUUGAGACGAAGAGUCAAGUGAGAACGUGCGGCAUCGAAGAGCGUCUGAUGACAAUAAUACCGGGUUUCCUCCCACUCUCGUUUUUGGGAGUUGGUCCAGGCAUGUUCAUCUACACCAUCAUCUCAGUCGAUUGUGCUAUUCGCUUCAGGUCUCCGCCAGCUGAGACAGUGCAUCUGUAGCUUCCUUGUAUAGAUCAGUCAAGUGCCAUAAUAGACUCAAGUUUCUUCAUUAUACAGCCAUGCCGAUGAAGCAAUAGUGCAAGACCCGAGAAAGUUCAGCAACCUGGUCCCUGAACAAGAGGGUCUGACCUAUUGGGCUCAAGACAUAACUGUGACGAGAUGUAUUUGCACUCAUAUGCAUAUAAAAUUCACAAUAAGGCCAGAUGCUAGUC